GAAGGAGAAGGAGGAGUGGCCAGUGCCUAAGGUGGUAGAGGUAGUGAAGGCAGGGAGGGCGGGGCGGGGCUGGACGACCGACAGUCACCUACCAGCUCCAGACGGGUCAACAUGUGCGUUCCUCUCCUCCUCCUAGCGUCGGUGGUGUCUCUUGCGGCGGGCAGUCCGCAGCGCGGCUCAGCCCCGAUCCAAGCAGGGAAAUCUGACUUCUUCUGCGAGGAGGAUGGCCUGUACCCUGACUUCGAGCAGUGUGACUUGUAUUGGGAGUGCACUGGCGGUGUGCCCCAAUCCCACCUCUGCGAUGACGGUCUCGUAUUUGACAGCCUGAAGGCCAAUGCAGGGCACGUAGACCCCUGCGAUACCCCUCUUGUCGUCGACUGCACAGACAGGCCACUUUUGCAACAACCGACUUAUCCCAGCGAAUUCUGUGUGAGAAGGCACGGCAUUUUUGCUGACCCUAACGAGUCCGUCUGCGGUCGCUUCCACACGUGCAAGGACGGCUUCAAGGAGAGCUCCACUGACUGUUCACCUGGGCUCCACUUCGACUCUAAGCAGGGUAUCUGCACCUGGCCCGAUUCUGCAGGAAGGGUGGGAUGCGUCGAGAACCCACAAUCCUGCAUAAAGAACGGUAACUUCUGCUGCGACGGCCGGCCAGUGUUCACCGCUGACGGCUUGCCCGUGCCUCACCCGUCCUAUGUCAACCUUGAUGACUGCCAGAAGUUCUAUGUGUGUCUCAACAAUCUGAUCCCUCAAGAGUCUUCCUGCCCUCUCGGACAAGUAUUCAACGACAAGACAUCCCUUUGCGACUACCCGGAGAACGUGCCAGAGUGCCGCGGCUGGUUCAGAGAUCAUCCGGCCUUCAGGGAUUAUUACUACGACGAGCCAGUACAGAACACCGACGUGGGCACCCAGGACACCGUCGUAUAGUGACGCCACCACCCACGCCCACACACCCACACAAGCCACGGCAAGACCAGUGACUACUGCUGAAUACUGUUAUUAAUACUGAAGAAGUCUACGUUAUCUCUCUCUCUCUCUCUCUCUCUCUCUCUCUCUCUCUCUCUCUCUCUCUCUCUCUCUCUCUGACAAGUAGACAUAAGAACUGGCCGCAUCCAAGUCGUUACUGUGUACAUAAGUGAGCAAUAAACACACAUACACACACAGACACACACACACAUACAGAGAGAAUGACAAUGCACGUUCGUUUUGCAGCAUGUUAACUUUACAGUUUCUUUUUCCAGCCAUGUGUAGUUAUCACUUCCUUUCCAGAUUUCCUUACCAUUUUGUUGCUGGGUGUGAGCGAGCAUGCCAAACUUUUUUUUUUUUUCUAUUUCCUCCUGAUGUGUGAGCAAUACUUCGAUGUCUCUUUUUCAGGCAUAUCAACCUGACCCUUGUUAUCCCUUACCUGAGACUGCUAUUUACUUCGUUAUCAUAACAACGCAUGAUUAACUCGCUUUUUUUCUAAUUUGUUUUCGUUACUUUUGAGUCAUUCUUUUUUUUUUUUUUUCUUAAUGAUUCAUUUGAUUUCUUCCAUGAUCUGUUCCUCUGUAGUCUGUCAACAGAAAGAAAUCAAGACAAAAGUAUUGGUAGAUAUUUUACUAAUUUUUUUGUUCCUUUCUUUCACAGUAAUAACAAGAUCAUCGUAUUUCUUUAUCACUGAGGCAUAUUGUUCUUGGCCCGCUUCACACUUCCUGUCCCGUAACUCCGUCGAUGGGAAAAAUAAUCGGAUCUGCCAAACAGCCUUCCGUGAGACACGACCGCUGUUGCCAUUAUUUAUAGUCCUAUAGCGACAACAACGCUCCCGUUUCCAGGAAGGCUAUUUGGCAGCUGCGAUUAAUGACGUCACUGGUGAUGCACUCGGUCGCCAGGCGGAGUUCCGGAACGGGGAGUAUGAAGCGAGGCCGACACGCACUAAUACUUCAGGAUGGGCAUAACAGAAAGACACUAUUGACAUUAGCACUCUUCAUUGUCUGUCUGUAGUGAAUGUACCUCCGCCCUCAUCCCUUACCUAAUACAGCACGUCAACUCUUACCCUCCCCCCCCCUUGUGUCUUGCAGCAAGGACUUCUACAUCAACCACCCUCUAGCUGAUGUCCUCCACAACGAAGCACUCCAAGGCAGUAUCAGGGAAUUCAUUGAGCGUCGUUCCAACUAACGUAUCACUCAUUCCAUUUCGCCCUCUCUGUGUCUUUUUGAUUAAUUGCCUGCCUUCUUUCAUACCUGUCUGCCUGCACACCGGUUUGUAAGUGUAUGCAUUUCAAGGUCCAGCUUGUUCGUUUACCUGUAUUCAUUACCAACGCUUCAUCCAUUAUUUACCAUUUGAUGAUGAUUUCCUCGUUUUCACUUCAAUUACUGCUCUCUAUCCCUUCUGUCCUUGGCAUGCAAAGUUUAAUGCCCAGGUUCUGCUAAUGUCACUUAUCUAAUUGUCUUUUUUUUUUCUCUCUCUCUAUGUCACUAUUUUGUAACAUAGUGAAUGUGUUCCCUACACGUUCUGUUUUGUAUUUUCUAUUACUGAAAGACAGUUUACAUGUAGCUCUUGCAGCUCUACUUUUAUGUGUUGUAAAAAUUAAGACAAUAUUCAAA